AUGAACGGGCCGCGCCCGUCCUCGCGUGCCUUUCUGUCUGAUUUACCAUCUCUGCCAGCGGAUUCCAAGGUUCGAUUUCUCGGCUGCGUGAUGCGUUAUGACGUUCAAAAUGGCCACCUGAUACUAGAGCACAACUACCCGCGCCGAAAAGAGCCCAACACGGUUCCGGUAGACAUCAAUAAUGUGUUGGAGAGUAUAACAGCCGAAGACUUGCAGGUGGGCACCUGGUUGAACAUCCUGGGCUAUAUCAGAGAGGAAUCUACGCCACCAGCGUCGUUUACGUCGAGCCAGGAAGAUGCCUGCGUGCCACGCAAAGUGCCACCGCGCCCUAUAUAUGUCGAGGCUGUGAUGAUUUUCCCGGCGGGGGCAAUUGCGCUGGGCGACUAUGAGCGGAUUCUUCGCAAUGCGGAAGAUGUCGAGCUUCGAGUCCCCCGGCCAAGUUUGCCAUAA